UAGCAAGGCUGCCGGUAACUCUGCCCUCUACAUCCGACUGAAGCGUCCCAUGGACUUCCAGGCAGGACAGGACAGAGCUCCAAACAUCCAGGCUGGACCCAACACCAGAAGUGAGACCAGUCGACAGAAGCGUCCCCGAGACCGGACCAGUUCUAAAGACAACCACGUGAGUCUGAAGAUCUGCAUCCUGGAGGACUCUGACGUGGACGUGGUCUCACCACGAGCGUGUCAGACGUCCACAGUCCACGAGCUGCAGUGUCCAUGUGGUCUGCAGGAAGCAGACUUCUUGAACCUGCUGAAGUCCACCUUCCCUGCGCUGGCUGCUGAGCGACCCAUCGAGCCGUUCAUCACGGACAGAACCAAGAAGCUGCACCCUCUGAUGGUCGAGUCCUUCACUCCAGAGCAGGUCUGCAGGGCUGCCGGGUAUUCAGCCCUCUACCUCCGACUGAAGCGUCCAGCAGAACUUCAGACUGGACAGGAAGAGCCGCCGCUGAACGAUGAAGACGAUGACUAUGAUGAUGAUUAUGAUGACAAUGAUGACUCUUCUCGCUCCACCCCACAUGUCGCUGCAGCCACCACCGAAACCAAGGCUCAUGAGCGCGAGGGCGGCCCAGAACGGCUCAUGGAUGAAGAUGCUCACAUAAAGAUCAACGUCUGCUUUCUGGACGGCCCUCAGGUCGACGCCGUCCCACCACACGCGUUAAACAACGGACUGAGGGUUCUUCCUGGACUCAUGCAACUCACACAUUUAGCACAUUUAAGUCAACCUCCAUGGAACAACAUGCUGCACAAAAUCAAACCCAGUUUGAAGAACCCCCCAUGA